AGGUGUGUUAAACGAAUGACAGUAUCGGCAAAUUUACCUGUGCUCGUUUAUUGGAGUAAUACAUUUGACUUUGUUAUUGGAUUGAUCAGCGGGGGACAUAUUUUCUAAAUUGGAUUUAUAAAAUUUGUGUGAUUUUUCGUCAAAUAUGUGAUCAAAAGUGGAUAUAAUAACCUGUUUUAGUGUUAUUCUUAUUAUUUACCUUAAAAGGAUAAGAAAGUAUAUAUGAGGAAAUUUGUUUUCAUUGGUGGUAUUUCAAAUUCCAAUAUGGCGGCCUCGUCAGGUAAAAAGAGGCAUAAAAGUACAGGAUCUAUUAUAUUUUGUGUGUGUUUAUUGUCCAGCAUAGUGCCAUACUGUCAAACAUUUAGUUUACCAACACAGAAACUUACCCUAAGUAUACCCCAUACAGCUAGAAAGGGAUUUACUGUUCUAAAAACUGACCUAAAACAAACGUGUAUAGAAAUUGAUCACAUCCAACGUUCAGUAUCAAAUAGACGGCCAUCUAAUCCAUUUUCUGUUCAAAAUGAUGGUAGUCUAGUCAUUCAGGCACCUGCUUAUAACUUCUUGGGGGACUUAUUUGUAAUAAGAUCAAAGAAAUCAAAAUCCUGCCAGAGAACUUCAACUGUCUCACAGACCAGUCCUGUAUAUGUUGAAAUCGUGUAUUCCAACAAAACUUUGCAUUUCGUUAGACAGGACUAUACAGGUUCGAUCCACGAACAUGCCCCAGUCGGCACGAAAGUAAACGGAAUCCAGCACCUGUAUGCAUGUUCAGCUCUGAGAUGUAGCAACAAUUUGGAAUAUAGAAUAGUUGGUUCCAACGACUUUUACUUGGAAACCAUUUCGAAUGACGGGCACAUUCAACUUGAAAUAUACACAAAAAGUGUACUCCAAAGUGGCAAUUAUAAUUUUAUGAUUGUUUCUCAAAAUGCAGACGGUUUGCAAGGCCAUACCAGUAUUGAGGUCAAGGUCACCCCAGUUUCCUAUCCCGUCUCUGUACUCGCAGACGAAAAUUUAUAUUUCUCACCACGCGCUAUUCAUAGACACAAACGCGCCACCCAAGAAACACUGACUACGAGAAGUGUAGAUGAAACAAAAACUGGUUUCCUGUUCAGUGUAAAGGACCCUAACAACGACUGGAAAUAUACGCUUGCCAGUUCGACCUACCAGAAUGCCUUCACAGUAUCUGAAACCGGUGAUGUCUCCGUUGCCCCAGGCUUCAAACUUGACUACGAGACACUGACCGCUGAUGGGAUAUCGAACCCGGUACAGCUGGUGAUCAACGUUCUGGAGAAACCCGAUGACACACUUGUAAAGGAACUUAUCCAGCCUGUGACGAUCAAUGAUAUCAAUGAUGAGCUGCCAGUGUUUACAAACAAACCUACACCAUUCCUGGCUGCUGUCAGUCUGGCAGCUCCACCCAACACUCUCGUGUACACGCUUACAGCAGCUGAUCCUGAUGCCGGUGCAAACUUGACCCUGGCACUGUCUCCAGCGCCUAGUUCACAAGUUGCAAACUUCUUUAAGGCCCAAAUACUAGGAACUACAGCUGAAAUCCGCAGGAUUGGGAACCAACAGUUUACAGAAAAUCAGGAAUUUCGAAUGAAUUUCAUCGCCACUGAUAAUGCUGCUCCAGAUGGUACCACCCAGAGAACUAAUGCUGAGGUUCAGAUUCUGGCAGGUGCUCGAAAACCGCAGUUCAUGGAGAACACGUAUUUGAUUGAAUUUGAAGAAAAGAAUGCUAUGGAUCAAGUAAUUGCCACAGUUGAAGUGUACUCGUUCCAGCAGAAUCCUGUAACAUUUACAGUCUUGGAUGAAAACUUGCAGACAUCCACAGUAUUUGGUACUCAAACUGUAACUAACCCUACAGGCCCUAUUAAGGGCUGCCAUAUUAUUGUUAAGAAGAUUAUGGACUAUGAAACACCGCCGAGGACAUUCAGUGUGAAAAUACGGGCUCAAGAGGAUAAUACUGGCCUUUUCAGUGACCAAGACGCUACAAUCAGUGUUAAAGACAAUAAUGAAUUUGAACCAAGAUUCAAUGCAUCUACUUACAAGGCGGAGAAUACGAGAGAGGACAUUGCUGUCGGAAGUGCUCUUUUAACUGUUGCAGCGACUGAUGCAGAUUUCAACACAAAGCUCACGUUUUCCGUGGAUAAUGACCAUUUCCGAGUAGAAGCUAAUGAUCCCAGCGGUACACAGAUGCCGCAGACUGCAACUAUAUAUGUCAAUAAAAAACUUGAUUACGACAGAAUCAGCCCGAAGAAUUACGACUUCCAUGUAAGGGCCACAGAUGAUGGAGAGAUAAGCAAAACAGGGGAGGCCACUGUUAGAAUAUUUAUGACAAAUCAGAAUGAUGAACCACCAGUAUUCCCGGAUCCCAUGACAGCAGAUCUGAGAUACAAUGCUGAAGUUGAUCAACAGGUCACUAUCAUACAAGCUACAGAUGCUGAUCAAGGAGAUAAAGUCUCGUAUGCCAUAGUUCCAAGUAAUGCUAGAUUUGAAAUAGAGUCUAAUACAGGGCGUAUUACGUUAAAACAGUCAAUCCCAGCCAAUAUAGAAAAUUAUGAGCUUGUGAUCCAAGCAACAGAUGAUGGAGGAUGUUGUGACGGAGAUAGUACAAGACAUACCAGUACCGGAACUCUAACUAUCAAUAUUCUUUACGAUAACUUGGCUCGACCAGAGUUUACUGACUGCUUAACUUAUCAACCAGAAGUUUCAGAGGAACAAGCUGAUGCUUUCGUUAUACGGGUUACCGCUACCGACACAGAUAUUGGUUCAAAUGGAAGAGUUACUUACUCAAUACGAGAGUCAAAUUCUAAAUUUCGAAUCAAUAGUGCAACUGGAGAGUUAUACACAGCUGAAAAGAUAGAUCGAGAAGCUCUUGGUGUUAGUAAAACAGUUCCUGUCAACGUCAUAGCAACUGAUGGUGGAAAUUUACAAGGCACAUGUUCACUUCUCGUAAAAAUUAUAGAUAUCAAUGAUAAUGCACCAAUAUUCGUUACGCAAACUUACGAUUUCCCUGUCGAAGAUACCAGUCUUCCCAAUUCUGUUGCUGCAUUUGUCGAAGCGACAGAUGCAGAUAGUGGAUUGAACGGUGAAGUGCAGUACUCUUUUACAGCAGACGGAAAUCCUGGUGGCUAUUUUAGAUUUGACGAUCCAUCUUUUACUGGACAAAUUAAAGUGAACAAGACUUUACAACAAGAUGCAACAAUUACACUGACAGUUAAAGCGACAGAUAGAGGUAUUCCGUCCCUUUCCUCAAAUGUCACUGUGAUCAUGAGGGUUACGUCAGAUCCUACGCAACUGCCGCCACAGUGGGGUUCGAGUGGUUACUCAGUAACUGUUAACGAGUCCAUCAGCAGCAGCAAUAAUAUUCUAACUUUCAGCGCCCAGUCUAGAGUUGAAAAUAAUGUGAAACUUGUGUUUAGAGUGGUUGAUCAGAACAGUAUAUUCAUGACUGAUAAUAUCAUUUCAACAGAGACGUUACAGCAAGGAAAUCUCCGUCUGAAACCAGGCAGAUCAUUAGAUUUUGAAACCACAGAAUCCUACAGUCUCACUCUGAGAGCAUCGGAUGUGAGAAACAUUUAUUCGGACCAGCGAGUGACCAUCACUGUUACAGAUACAAAUGAUAAUGUUCCUGUUUUUGUUGGAACCAGCCCAGAAACGGGUUUUCUUGAUUUGAGUUUACUUGAAGGAAAUUAUACCAAUAGAAAAAAAGAAGUUGGUCAGAUCCGAGCAAUAGAUAAUGAUAAAAAUGCACCAAAUAACCAGAUUGUUGGGUAUGCCAUUGUUGAGACAGACUCACUGUUUACUAUUGAUGCAAUAACAGGAAUGUUGUAUACUCAGCAUGAAUUUGAUCGGGAGAAUCCAAGCUAUAUAUUUACUAUAACUGUGGAAGCUAUUGAUGGUGCACCUUCAGCAUUCCCUGUUUUUGCUGGCCGACCUAACACAGGUACGGUUAAUGUAAAAAUCACAAUUGAAGACGUCAAUGAUAAUCCUCCGUCAUUCCCACAGCAGAGUUACACCUUCGAGGCUCCGGAAGAUCUGCCGAUAGGUGACAGACUACCAAAUAAUGCCAAGGUGACAGCAACAGAUCCUGAUUCAGCUGCUGUGCUCACAUACUCUGUUAGUCCAUUACCAUCAUCAAACCUGCCACCACCGUUUUCCAUUCAAACACAGACUGGUCACCUGACUGUAGCUGGAUCUCUUGACUAUGAUAAAGGACCUGCGUUCCAGCGUUACGAGUUUAUUGUAAAUGUGUUUGACUCUAUUCACUCGAGCUCAACAACCGUCACUAUCAAUGUGAAAAAUGUGAAUGACAACUCACCUGUGGUAGGAAAUUAUCAGUUUAAUGACUUUGUAGAGGAGGAUGCAAGUGUUAUAGGACCUAUUGCCACUGUGAAUGCCUCCGAUAUUGAUGGUGAUAUUGACGGUGAUGGUGUAGUGAGAUUCUGGUAUGAAUUAAAGUUUACCGAUGACAAGGACCAGCAGUAUUUCUCGAUCGAUCGGCAGUCUGGAGUGUUGUCAAUUGUCAAGCGGCUAGACAGAGACCAGCCUAAUGGGAAUGCUGAAUUUAUAUUCACUGUAGAGGUCGCUGAUGAAGACCCAAAUGAUCCAUCGAAGACACCGCGUUACGGUUUUGGAGAAGUUGUAGUGAGACCUAUAGAUAUCAAUGAUAAUCCGCCAAUGUUCCCCGAAGAAGCUCGGCAGAUGACUGUCAUGGAAAAUCAGAAUCCUGGUACCCUGGUUGGUAGAGUAGAAGUGAUUGAUUAUGAUGAGGGCAUAAAUGCAGAGUUUGAUUUGACUAUCACUGGACAGUUGCCUAAUCAAGUGUUUACCCUUGACGUGCAUGAUAUUGAAACAACAGCCAAACUUGACAGGGAGACAAUAGACAAAUAUUUUGUGACUGUGCAAGCUGUUGAUAAAGGGCCUGGACGGAAUACUGGAUCGGGAACAUUGACUAUCUCUGUUGGGGAUGAAAACGACAAUGCACCGUUCUUUAAUCAGACUUACUCGGUCCUGUUGUCUGAACAUCAGUUAUCGGGCAAGUAUUUAUUAUUUCAGCCAUUAACUUUAGUGAGGCACUUGUUAAUACAAGGGGCCUUGGUGAGCAGAUGGUUAUGGUUGUUAUGGUGGCUUAAAUUCCCUCGGUUGAGCACACACUGUUUGACAUGCCGGGAGAAAGUCAUCCAGCUGUCUUGUACAAGGUUGCAGGUUCUACCCAGAUGCCCACCUGUACCUGAAAUAAUGCCUAAAUUCUUAAAAUGGAUUGGUCUAUCACAACUUGUUAGCUCCACUAUUCGGAGAAUAGGUGGGCUAUUCUACUCGCCCCAAUGCGAGUUUGCCAGGGUAAAAGCGUAUGACGAGGAUAUUGGACCAAAUGCUGUCCUCACAUACACGUUGGCAAGUAAGGAUACCGUACAUUUCAGAAUGGACAAAGAUGAGGCUAAAAAUGAAGGUGUCCUUAAAGUGUAUCAGCCCGUAGACUAUGAUGACAUUCAAAAUAUGCAGCGAAAUUUCAACCUGACGGUGUACGCUGUAGAUCCAGAUCCGGGACCGGACAAUAAAAAAAGAGCAGAAACUUUCGUAGAAGUUGUCGUAACCGACUACAAUGAUGAAGUACCAACAUUUGUAAUUCGUGAAAAGACAAAAAGCAUACCAGAAAAUGCACAAGUUGGGACACUUCUUGAAACAUUCAUUGCAACAGACAAGGAUGUGGAUGAAGAUUACAAGACAUUUGAGUAUUACAUUUCACGUGAAUCGGAUCCAACAAGAAGAUUUACCAUAAAUCAACAAGGAGAAGUGUCUAUUCUAAAUCCACUGGACCGAGAGACUACAUCCAUACACGUAGUACACAUUCUGGCAAUAGAUAAUGUCCAAGGUUCUCCCCAGAACACAGGAACCGCAACUCUGACUGUAUCAGUUACAGACAUCAACGAUAAUUGUCCAGAUUUUGCCCAGGACUAUUCCAAGACUGUUUCGAUAAUGGAGAAUCAAGAGUUCAAUGAUGCCACUUUGGUGACCAUUUCUGCUAUAGAUGCAGAUGAAGAGAACAAUGGACAACCAUUUUCUUUCGAAUUGACCUGUAAUGACAAUCAAUUGUACCCACGAUGUUCUCAGUUCCGUUUAACAGAGGACAAUAAUGGAGAUAAUGGCCGAGGUACUGCAACAAUUUAUGUCUCAGGAACUUUUGACAGAGAACAUAGCACAGAAGGGAAGACCGUAUCCCUGCCUAUCAAAAUGUGUGAUCUAAGGGAAAUGAAUCGCGGGGACCAGCAGUGUUGUACCCGGAUCUUAGAUGUUACCAUACAGGACCAGAAUGAUAACAAACAUGAAGAUGGGUACCAGAAUAUUGUGGUUUACAACUAUAAAGGCCUGUUUGGUGAUAUAAAGAUUGGUCAAGUUAAUGCCAAUGAUCCCGAUGACAUGGACACAGAUAAACAGUUUACACUUCUUAAUCCAAAUGUUGCAGGACUUCUUGUCUCUAUUGAUCCUGUUACUGGAGACAUAACUUUGAAGCCUGGAGUACCGGACAUGUCCUUUGAAGUACAAGUGAGAGUUGAGGACCAGGCAGGUUUAGCUAGAACAUCCACGGUUCGCAUUCAUGUCAUUGAAGUCUCUGAAGAUGCAGUGUACAACUCGGGCUCAAUUAGAAUUGAUGGUAUCAGCCCAGAAGAUUUUAUAUUCAGACCACAUUUCCAAGGAAAGGAAGGUGGAAGAAGUGCAGCAUUUGAAAAAAGUAUGUUGGAUAAAUUCCAAGAAAAACUGGCAGAAAAGUUAUACGGUCCAGUCCAGAGAGAUAUUGAGGACAAACUUCACUUUGUCCAGAUCAUCAGUGUAAUGGGUGAUGAGACGCAUACAGACGUACGGUUUGCUGCUCAUGGUUCACCGUAUUAUCAGAGUAGCAGACUAAACGGAAUUGUCACAGCAGACAAAACUGGGUUUGAAAACUUACUGCAGACAGAAGGUGUAGCGAAUGUUGGUAAAAUUGACAUGGUCCCAAUUGACAUGUGUCAGUUUGAAACUUGCGAAGGUGGUUGCUUCAAUAAACUUGUUGUGACAGAAAAUCCAAAAAUGUACAACACUAAAGGGAGUUCAUACGUGGGUGUGGAUACAAAUGUAGUAGGUGAAUGUGGUUGCCGGGCAACACAGUUUCCAGCAGCAAUUGAGUGUACACCAGGGUAUUGCUAUCAUGGUGGCGUAUGUAACAAGAAUGACUGGGGUGUUGUCAGCUGUGACUGUCCAGACGGGUUUGAAGGACCGCGAUGUCAGAAGUUACGUCAGAGUUUCGAUGGUACAGGUUAUGCUUUGUACAAGCAGCUGGAACAGUGCGAGGAGAGCAGAACAAGUAUCGAAUUCAUGACGAAAAAGGGUACAGCACUUAUUCUGUACAACGGACCAGUAGCUGAGCUCGACCCCUCCGAUCCGAGAGAUUUUAUUUUGCUAGAGUUGGUUAAUGGAAAACCAAGGCUAAGAAUUAAUCAUGGCACUGGAGAAAUAGAAAUGUCAAUCUCUGGAGGGAAAAAUCUCAAUGAUGGAGCGUGGCAUAGAAUUGACAUCUUUAGGAAUAAAAAGAAUGUAAGGAUGGUAGUUGAUCACUGUGUAGACAGCAACACACAGGAUAGAUCGGAUUGUGAGGUCUCUGGGGUUACCAGAGGUGAAAAUGUUUACAUAAAUGUUAUCGAUGUUCUUCAACUUGGUGGAAGGCUGAGCAGCCCCUCGUAUCCUGCCAAUGUUCUGUCAGACAAAUUUGAUGGAUGUAUGAAAAAUCUGAUUCAUAACAGAGAGGUGUAUGACCUGAGCACAGGUAACCAGUUCCCAGGGGCCAAGGAUGGUUGUAAAGUUGAAGAUGAUGCAUGCCCGGAUGGCUGUGGACAGGGCCAGUGUUUGGUCACAGGUGUGAGCAACUUAGGGGCACUGCAGGCCACGUGUGUUUGUAAUGCAGGAUACAGAAAAACUUCCCUGAAUGGACUCUGUAAUACAGAUACGACCAAAGUACUAUUCAAGACGCAGAGUUACAUGGAUUGGCAAAUCAAAAAUACGUUUAAAGCAAUGUUGAACACUCGGAAGAUGACAGUUAGCUUCCAUUUCCGAACAAGAGAUCCAGAUGGUCUCAUGUUUUACGUGUCACAUGACAGUGACCCAAACAAGUACAUCUUAUUUAAGAUUGUAAGUUCGAAACUGCAAGUUUCGUACAAUCUGGGCGACGACGCAUAUGACAUUCUUCUUUCAAAUGUUCCGAAUGUAGCAGAUGGCUAUUGGCAUAUGGUUACACUAGAACGUUAUGGGAAGGAAUUUAUAUUGAAAAUGGACAGCGGGGAAGGGCGAUAUUAUACGGAGACGUUGGGACCUGUAAACGGGCUAGUAGAUUUCACUGUUCGUCAGGAUCAGAUUUACGGAGGAGCCAGUGUAACGUACUCUGCAAACAGUGCAGCCUAUAAUGGGGAAGAUUUUGAAAACUCGUGUCUAAAUGAUAUCCGCUAUGACAUUGGAUGGUUUCCCAUGCAGAUAAGUGAAAAUCAACAAAGCCCAGCUGCAACAGUAGUAUUAAGGCCUGAUAACAAUACUGAACUUGGCUGUGACAGGAACUUGUGUACUGACACUGUGUGUUCUGAUCCUUUCGUAUGCAAAGAUUUAUGGGGAGACUUCAGCUGUGUCUGUAAGGAGUACUACAUAAAGAGUGGUACAACCUGUGUACCAAUAGAUUAUUGUGCUGAUGGACCAUGUUUUGGAUCUGCUGCCUGCUCGAAUAAUGUACCUCCUAAACCAAAUGAAGAACUAUUCAAAUGUCGGUGUCUGGGUCAGUGGUAUGGACCAUUGUGUCAGUGUCACCCAGAUUUGAACCCGGGAGGUAAAGAUUGUGUGAAAGAGACAGAUGAAGAGCCGGUAGUAGUUGGAAUGGCAGGAGGAGUGCUUGCUGCAAUAAUUCUUGGAAUUCUUGUCCUAAUUGUGGCUAUAGUACUCAUUGCGUAUUUCUUGAUAUGCCGCAAGAAACCAGCAGAUAAAGAACCAUUUGAUGAAGACAUGGACGAUGACAUCCGAGAAAACAUUAUGUACUAUGAUGAGGAAGGCGCAGGUGAGGAAGACCACACCCAAUAUGACUUGAGUCGUCUACGCAAGCCUGAUACUGGGGAACAUCCAUCCACCUGGGAUGCUCCCGAUAUACGCAAAGAAGUCGUAAAGCCUGUUGGCUCAUCAGCUGACAGACCGGAAGUCGGUGAUUUUAUUCACAAUAGACUUAACGAUGCAGAUGAUGAUCCAAACUCGCCGCCUUAUGAUACACCUCACGAUUUUAACUUUGAAGGUGGCAGCAGUGACGCCGGCUCAUUGAGUUCACUUAAUACUGACAGCUCUGGCAGUCAGGAUUAUGAUUAUUUGAACGAGUGGGGACCAAAGUUCGCUAAGCUGGCAGACAUGUACAAUAAUUAUGACGAUGCAGAAUAGACCUUGAAAAGUGAGAGAAAAGAAAAGAAUGACGAAUCUAUUUAUGUGCUGCUAGAACACUUUUUUUAAUAGAUUUAUACUUUCUGAUGUAAUCAGAUUUCUUUAUUUGUGACAUAACUCUUGGUGCAGUUAGCAAGUACAUGUUCAGUCAUCUCCCAGUUCUUCUGACAAAAUGCAUUUGUUGUGAGGUGUUUAAUGUAGAGUGGAGAAACAUCGAAACAAAAUUAUCCCAAAGAUGUUUUUAAAUAUUUUAUGCGGCAGUUUAAUACUGACCUUGGGAAUGGAACCUUCCUAUCGUUUUCUUACCGCACACUAAAUAAUAAUAUUGUUUAUUUAUCUAGACUGCUACUAAUUAUUUUAGAAGAAACAAUAUCUCAACAGCAGAUUUUUGUAUAUUGGUAAAGAAUAGAGAUAUCCCAGUAAAAUGUAUUCAGUGUCUGUUCUAAAGUCUCAGGAUGCAAGCCUGUAUCUAGAAUAAUGCCUAGAGAGGCACUCAGGAGCAGCAUAUGACCAUAACUAUGUUGCCAGUGAAGUUGUAACAUAAUAUUAAAAAAAAAAAUAUAACUCAACUUAGUCAAGAUAGGAGGGAGCAGUUUGGUUAAGGCCAUGGAAUGCUGCAUAUGCCUUGCCUCAAGUGCAGAAAGACAGCAGUUUCAGUAAAUGAAUGUCAUAAACUUCUGUCACAGUUUUUGCCCCUUAUUUCAUUAUGAAUGUCACAAACUUUUGUCAGAGUUUUUGCUUUUUAGUUCAGUAUGAACUUGGCCCUGUUCAGCUAUCAUUUUUAUUUAAAUCAAUGCAGAGUGAUUUCAGAAUGUGUGCUACUAAAUCAGAAUUGUGGGUGUUAAGUAUGAAAUGGUAAAGAUUGUGUUCUAGUCGGAAUUCAUAUAACAGCUUAUGCUAGCCAAGAUUCAUCUACUCACCUUGGAAAAGAAUGAAAAGGUCUGGUAAAGGCAGACUUAUCGAAGAUAAAUACAGUUGACUGGAAUCAAAUGUUUAAUAAAGUGAUGAACAUUUAAUAUGCAAUUGUGUAUCAAGAAUGUUGAAUUUAUAUGCAAAUUCCACUAGCGGGCUUACCAGUAGUUGCAAUUUAUUGAUGGGGCUUGUUGGGCUUUAGGACCCUUCUGUCAUGAGCUGUUUAACGGCCCUGUUAACUACAUGUAUAUUUGCAAGUUCUUUUGCGUUCAGAUUCCUUAGGAUAUGGGACAAAAAUAGCCAUUUGCUUAAUUUCACCACAUCUGACAGAAUACUACCGAGGUUUUUGCCAUGUAAAAAUAUGAAUAUUAAUAUUUAAAUUACCGCUAUUUUCGUCGAAUGUUACUGGAAAAGUUAAGCCGAUAAUUAGUUAUUUUUGAAUUGAUUUAUUAAUUAGAAAAUAUUUGGGAGGAAAUUGAGCAGGUGGGAUUGUGUCCAUAUUUAAUUGCUGAUACUGAUGUAAAAAAAGGUUGAUCUUUGGACUACCAAAAUUUUUAUACAGAGAGAGUGCUAUAGAGUGAUGUAUUUUAAAUGCUUAAAAUUGUACAUUUCUUGAACUUUUUUGUUUCAUAAUAUUAAAGAUUAGAUACCUACACAUAUCUGCAUCAGUCUACGCAAAAAGUCUAAUCUUUUUUGUGGUGUUUGGAGAUUGUUUCUGUUAUACAUUUUAAUUUUUGUGACAUAUUCAUUUUUCAGAACAUUCCAGUUUUAUAUAUUUUUAACAGGGACAUUAAUAAAACAUAUCCUUAAUGUCAUCAUUCUCCAUUUUUUGUAAAUUAUAUUUUCAUCCUUUGCAGAAACCUUGUGAUAUACAUUAAGAAUAUGGAUCGAAAUCCCCCCUCCCUCUCUCUCAUUUUACUUUUAGGAACAUUUCUCUUUUUUGUUUUACAAGUUUUGCUUUAUUUGAAAUGUUUUUGUUGAAAGAGAAACAUAAAUUUAAUUUCUGAUUAUUUUAUGUUUCAAUUUGAGUUCGGUUAGUAAUUCAUGCUUUUUUUUAUUCAUUUUCUGUUAAAAAUCAAUACAAGUGGUCAUUAUCUAUGAAAUAUUUGAGCAAUGAGUUGGAGAUGGGGAUUACAAUGAGUUGGGGGUGGGGAUUACAAUGAGUUGGGGGUGGGGAUUUUGUUUCUAUUCUGUAAACUAUACAUUAUGCAUGGCUGUACAGUCAUAAAUGACAUAUAUUGUAUUUACUACAUGUAUAUAUUUUAGACACUUAGAAUGUUUUAUUGUGUAUUUUGCUUAUUUUGAUGAUUUUUUAGCUCACCUGUCACAAAGUGACAAGGUGAGCUUUUGUUAUCGCGCGGUGUCCGUCGUCCGUCCGUGCGUCCGUCCGUGCGUCCGUCCGUCCGUAAACUUUUGCUUGUGACCACUCUAGAGGUCACAUUUUUCAUGGGAUCUUUAUGAAAGUUGGUCAGAAUGUUCAUCUUGAUGAUAUCUAGGUCAAGUUCGAAACUGGGUCACGUGCCUUAAAAAACUAGGUCAGAAGUUCUAAAAAUAGAAAAACCUUGUGACCUCUCUAGAGGCCAUAUAUUUCAAAAGAUCUUCAUGAAAAUUGGUCAGAAUGUUCACCUUGAUGAUAUCUAGGUCAAGUUCGAAACUGGGUCACGUGCCUUCAAAAACUAGGUCAGUAGGUCUAAAAAUAGAAAAACCUUGUGACCUCUCUAGAGGCCAUAUAUUUCACAAGAUAUUCAUGAAAAUUGGUCAGAACGUUCAUCUUGAUGAUAUCUAGGUCAAGUUCGAAACUGGGUCACGUGCCUUCAAAAACUAGGUCAGUAGGUCUAAAAAUAGAAAAACCUUGUGACCUCUCUAGAGGCCAUAUAUUUCACAAGAUCUUCAUGAAAAUUGGUCAGAACCUUCAUCUUGAUGAUAUCUAGGUCAAGUUCGAAACUGGGUCACGUGCCAUCAAAAACUAGGUCAGUAGGUCAAAUAAUAGAAAAACCUUGUGACCUCUCUAAAGGCCACAUUUUUCAUGGGAUCUGUAUGAAAGUUGGUCUGAAUGUUCAUCUUGAUGAUAUCUAGGUCAAGUUCGAAACUGGGUCACGUGCAAUCAAAAACUAGGUCAGUAGGUCUAAAAAUAGAAAAACCUUGUGACCUCUCUAGAGGCCAUAUAUUUCAUGAGAUCUUCAUGAAAAUUGGUCAGAAUGUUCACCUUGAUGAUAUCUAGGUCAAGUUCGAAAGUGGGUCACGUGCCAUCAAAAACUAGGUAAGUAGGUCAAAUAAUAGAAAAACCUUGUGGCCUCGCUAGAGGCCAUAUUUUUCAUGGGAUCUGUAUGAAAGUUGGUCUGAAUGUUCAUCUUGAUGAUAUCUAGGUCAGUUUUGAAAGUGGGUCACGUGCCAUCACAAACUAGGUCAGUAGGUCAAAUAAUAGAAAAACCUUGUGGCCUCUCUAAAGGCCAUAUUUUUCAUGGGAUCUGUAUGAAAAUUGGUCUGAAUGUUCAUCUUGAUGAUAUCUAGGUCAAGUUCGAAACAGGGUCAUGUGCGGUCAAAAACUAGGUCAGUAGAUCUAAAAAUAGAAAAACAUUGUGACCUCUCUAGAGGCCAUACUUGUGAAUGGAUCUCUAUAAAAAUUGGUCAGAAUGUUCACCUUGAUGAUAUCUAGGUCAAGUUUGAAACUGGGUCACGUGCCUUAAAAAACUAGGUCAGUAGGUCAAAUAAUAAAAAAAACCUUGUGACCUCUCUAGAGGCCAUACUUUUCAUGGGAUCUGUAUGAAAGUUAGUCUGAAUGUUCAUCUUGAUGAUAUCUAGGUCAAGUUUGAAACUGGGUCAACUGCGGUCAAAAACUAGGUCAGUAGGUCUAAAAUUAUUAAAAUCUUUUGACCUCUCUAGAGGCCAUAUUUUUCAAUGGAUCUUCAUGAAAAUUGAUCUGAAUGUUUAUCUUGAUGAUAUCUAGGUUAAGUUUCGAAACUGGGUCACGUGCGGUCAAAAACUAGGCCAGUAGGUAUAAAAAGAGAAAAACCUUGUGACCUCUCUAGAGGCCAUAUUUUUCAUGAGAUCUUCAUGAAAAUUAGUGAGAGUGUUCACCUUGAUGAUAUCUUGGUAAAAUUCAAAACAGGGUCACGUACCAUCGAAAACUAGGUCAAUAGGUCAAAUAAUAGAAAAACCUUGUGACCUCUCUAGAGACCAUAUUUUUCAAUGGAUCUUCUUGAAAAUUGGUCAGAAUUUUUAUCUUGAUAAUAUCUAGGUCAAGUUCAAAACUGGGUCACAUGAGCUCAAAAACUAGGUCACUAUGUCAAAUAAUAGAAAAAACGACGUGAUACUCAAAACUGGGUCAUGUGGGAAGAGGUGAGCGAUUCAGGACCAUCAUGGUCCUCUUGUUUUUGUUUAUGCUCAUUUUGCAUUUAUAUCAUCAAGAUAAAAUCUAUUGGCCUUAAGUCAUGACAUUUUAGAAAUACAUUAUCUAAAUAUGAAAAUAUUUCCAGGAACAAUAUCAACAUUGAGAUUUAUUUUGCACAUUUUGACAUAAUUUUCAAUUAAGUAUAUAUAGUUAAGAAAGAGCACCUGUAAUAGGCAAUAUUUAUCCUCGGUAAACAGUUUUCAGCAUUGCUGAAAAUAAAUGAGAUAAAUUAAAUUAAGUUGUCAAGGUCAAACUGCCAGAGAUACAUGGUCCUCUGUUCAAGACUGCUACAUCGCAAAUUCAUCGAGACCAAAUUAGAAUUACUAAGAGCAAAUUAAAGGUAGUGCUUAAAAGACUAAGAGCAAAUUAAAGGUAGUGCUUAAAAGACGCAUAAGUUUACUGUUAUUUUUCCAUUGAAUAACUAUGUAGACCUAUUGAAAAAUGUAAUAUGUAGUGUGUUUUCAUAGCUAAUUAGCAAAACAUCUUCUGUUUUCUCUAUACUUUAUGACAUGCCUUUAUUUGUGUUAUUAAUAGUACAAAGCCUUUUUGGCUAUAAACUUGAGGAAAUAUAUCAUUUAACAAUUUUAAACAUUUUAUGUACUGUAUUUUCCUCUCUAUAAGACUAUCCAUCUAUAAGACGGGGUCCUUACAUAAGGUCUGAUUUUUUAAGAAGAAAAACAUAGUCUUAUAGAUGAGUAAAAUACGAUACUUGACCACGUAAGUUGAUACCAUUUGUCAUAAUGUUUUUUUUCCCUGUUGUUGGGACUUCUUUGAAGUUAGAAGUUAUUAUUCAUAUCUCAUCUACUAAUUUCAGUUGCAUAUAAUGUUUGAACUAUUCAUAUAUACCAUACAGCAGAAACAGAUGUUACCAUUGUAGUUAUCAAACUUAAAACAUGCUUGAAAAGACAGAACAGAACGGUUUAAUUUCAUGCAACAUACAGGUGAUUUUAAUUAACUAACAACAGAUUACUGGCUAUUGAAGUAUUUUUAAUUGAUCAACAUCUAGUUAAAAGUAAGGUCUAGUUUUCUAUAUAUUUUUUUUCUCUCAAAAAUCACUGACAGAAAUUAUCUGUAUACUAAGCACAUUCUAAAAUUUAAGGAAAAAAUGAUUUUCUGCAUAGUCUGUUCAAUUCAGUUAAGUAUAAUUUUGUAGCACCUAUUUAUCAAUAAAAUAAUCCUUUAUAUUUAACAGGCAAAUUAAUGGAAAGGUAGGGAAAAUUACUUUUGUGUCAUGGAUCUAUAACCUUAAAGAUGUUUUUCACAAUUAUUUCUAGCGGACAGAAUUUUUUGUAACUUUGCAUAUUUAUAGAUUGAUGUAUGAAAAGUUAAAAUAAAAAAUAAAAAUGAUAGGUACCCGUGCUUCUUUUUUCAAUAUUUAAAGAUUAUUAAGAACACCAAAUCUGUAUUUUUGUCUGAAGAAACAAUACAUACAUGUCAUAAUAAAACUACUGCAAACAAUUAUUUAUUCAAAGUUUCACUCUGAUGUUACUGUUUAUGCAUCACAAUUGAUGAAAUCACUAUAACUAUGCAUAAAAUGUCAACAUAUAGAUAUACUAACUCAGAAAAAUUACUCUUGACAGAUGUCGAAAGUAUCUGAAACUGAGAAAAACACGAAGUAUUUCUUAAUGAUAUGAAAAAUUUAGCGGACAGAAUUUUACCAAAUUUUAAAUUAUGUAAGCUAGAACUAAGACAAAAAAAUCUAAACCAAAAAAAUAAUAUCAACCCGUGCUUGUUUUCAAGAAAAAUUAAAAAAUAUUCACUCCACCCACAAAAGUAUUUUUUCAUUACCCCACCCACCUAAACAUAUGAACAUUUUUUCUUACAAAACAAAUUGCACAAUGUUGUUAUCAGUUUCUUAACCAAUUUUCUUACUCACAUGCGGAAUAAUGCUCCUUUAAGGUUGCAUGCCUCUAGGUCAAAUACUUUUUGCCAAUUACGUAUAUAUUUGACCACGUCAAGGGACAUAAAUCUGUUUUUACUGAGUGAAACCUCAAAUAAAAGCACUUGUGCACAACUUCGCAUGCUGAAUUUAAUUCUUGUGUGGUUUCAUGACUCUUGGCGCAUAUACUUUUGAGGUACAUGCGACACAAAUGUUUAGACCCUUUAUGUACAAUUUGACUGUCAAGGGCCAUAACUCUGGUCUUACUACUUGAAAUGCGGGAUGGGGCACAAAAAGUAUAACAACAUUUUUAGGAAGUCACAUUUGAACUUGAAGGAGUUAGAUCUACCUUAAGAUUUUCUUGAAUUUUAUUUGACUUGGAGUCGGCUGCAUCAUUACUGGACAAAAUAGUUCACUUUCAAAUUGGCUGUCCACAAUGUAUUCGAUUCGAGCACUUCCUACGACUACUCCUCCGAUAAAACACCAUCUCUUUAAAAGGUAUUUUUAAAAUAUGGAUGCACGACCUAUAUUGUCAGUACAUACGAUAUUUUUUGCGCGAGUGCGCUGCAUAUCCGACAAUUAUGCACCUUCGGCGGCGAAUCCUGGACUUUACAGCGGUUAUCGCUUGCUGCGCGAUUUAGCUGCGCACAAAAUAUUGUGAUGAACUCCUUUAAAUCAGCAAUUAAUAUUUUGUUACAUGUAUUACUUAUAGUUAUGUUAUGGUUUAUUUAACUGUUUAUAAUAAAAUGAACAAUUGCAUUAAUAUUUUUAAAUGGAGUUUUAUACACAUUUAAACCUCUGUCAUUUUUAUAUGAUAAAAAAUCCUUAUUUCAUGAUUUAUGUCACCAUGUUUGUGUAUAACAGAUUGUAUAUUUUUGUCUUAUUAAUAAAGGACCUAUGUUUUUA